CGGACGAUGAGGACCCGCCCGGUGCUGACGGCGCUGCUCGUCCUGGCGCUGCCGCUUGCCCUCGCCCGCCGCCCCCCCGCCGCCGCCCCGCCGGGCCCCGCACAGGGGAUGCCCGACCCGGAUCCGGUGCCCCGGAGAGCCCGCGGGAGCACCGGGCCCGUCUAUGCCGCCCUGCUGCAGCUGCUGCGGGAGGAGGACGCCGGUCCCCCCGCGGCCGCGGCUCUGCAGAAGCGUAAGUCCCGGCCGGUGCCGGUGCCGGUGGCGGCGCCGCAGCCGGGCCCCGCGGCGCUGAUGGCGGCUCUCUCCGCAGGGGACAUGCACGACUUCUUCGUGGGGCUCAUGGGCAAGCGGGCGGCGGAGCCCGGGCGGCCGGCGCGGGGGGGGGACAGCGGCGGCCGGUGCCCACGGUGCUCCCCGGCGUGA